CAACUCGGGGGGAAGCACAGUACGCGCGCUGGUUCGACACUUCAUGGUACCUUUCUGGGAGCCGUUCGAGCUAGUCUUAUGAAUACUCGCUUCGAGAGAGCACGCGAAAUUUUAGAGCUCCUUCGCUCCAUGGUAAACGGCAAAUCUCGGUCAGAAGACAAGUGCGCGCAUUUCGCAAGUUCGUAAAGUUCAAUUUAUUUUGGGUGCGCGUCUUUUUUUGUGGGAAAUUUUAAGGUCGCUGUUAGCAGCAAAUAAACAGCUACAUCGAAACAGAAACAUUGUGGAAAGCAUAUCGGCAGAAAAAAGUGCUAUCGUUUGCGUGAAGAACAUUAUUAGUGUUUUGAGGUUGAAUCAGAACGAGAACACCGAAACAGCGCAGAAAGGAUUACAACAUCGUGUGCAGAACAGAAUAAGAAAGGCGUAUUUUUGGAGGCUCUUGUCCCCCAACGACCCCGUCCAGACAGGCUGUUAGACAAUGCACUAAGACGGACCAUGAUGGUUGCGGAUUUUGUAUCAAGACCACAAAACGGUUCACCAAUUAACGGUGAAAUACCAGGCCAGAAUCAUAACAACUCUAAUAUGCCUGCGCACAGUGCCUUGUUGAUGAGUAACAGUUCUACGGGACGAGCCAGCCCAGCUAGUCCCGAAUCAGACUACAACGGAAACGGCUAUGACCUAUCAGGUCACCUGAAACGCAAGGACCUGUUCAGUCAGCGCAAGCAACGUGAAUUCAUCCCGGAUAACAAGAAAGACGAUAGCUACUGGGAUCGUCGGCGACGCAACAAUGAAGCAGCAAAACGAUCCCGGGAAAAACGUCGCUUCAACGAUAUGGUCCUGGAGCAACGCGUAGUCGAGUUAACCAAGGAAAACCACGUACUGAAAGCGCAGUUAGAUGCUAUCAAAAACAAAUACAACAUUUGUGGUGAAAAUUUAGUCAGCGUAGAUCAGAUCAUGGCUACUCUGCCCACCAACGAGCAGGUUCUUAGCUCUACCAAACGAGUCAAAAUCAACAGCACUCCACCAAUAGUAUUCCCUCUGGCGAGGCCCUCAGUUGCUCAGUCACCGUUGACUCCACAGCAAGGACCCCAAAUACCAUCGCUUCAUGCCCAUCAACCCUUAUCGCAGCCCAAUGUUGUCCAAUCAACGCAACAGCAUGGAGCCCAACAGCCGCCACAACAAUCCCAGCAGGCAGCAGUCAUUCACCCCAAUCCCAACAUCGAAUCUCCCCCUCCGCCACAAUCAAUAGCUUCGCAGCUUCAGCAGAUCACAAUCCAACAUACCAGUUCUCACUACAGUCACCAUUCACCUGCCGCCAUCUACCGCGAUUACGAACCCCUAACCAACGGUAGCAGUCGGUGCGAUAGCAACAAGCACGAAUCAACAAUCCGCAGUCCGCUCACCAGAGUGGAGCUCAUGGAGCAUGACGAACACCGUAGCGACCAGCUCGCUGAGCAUCGCGACCGUGAACGUGACCGUGAGCGCAAUUUGGAUCGAGUUGAUGUUCCUGUGUUACCGGUUCCUACCUUCGGCUCGACCAACUCGCACAUCAGUGGACCACACAUCUCGCACCACCCCUACUCCUCGCCCUACACUAUCCCCAACUACCCGGGCAGCUACGCCGGUAACCUGUACCCAUCACCCCCGCGAGAGAUCAAUGCCCUGCUCACCGCCAACGUACUCAACCUCAGUCGAAGGGCACCGUCACCCUACGAAACAUCCAACGGUACCGGUUCCAACAGCAGUCACAGCAGUUCCGGUGACGAUGAACACGAUCGCGACCAUAUGCACGAUCACAACAACAGCCUACCGGUGAAGCUACGUCACAAAUCACACCUGGGAGAUAAGGACGCAGCCACCGCCCUUCUCGCCCUGCAAAACAUCAAACAAGAACCUCAGAUUCGAUCGUCCUCCCCUUGGGACGAAGGCGACGGUGGAUCGUCGGACGAACGCGAUUCCGGUAUCUCCACCGAGUGGCCCACAAAGGCCGAACAGAAAAUGAUGGUCCCCCUACCCUCAUCGCCCCCAUCCACCUCGGUUUCUCCGAUUGCAUCCACCACCGGAAACAUUGUCGGUGGCAAGAUCACCUCGAUCCCGGCGUCGGUUGUCAUCAGCAAAAAGGCCGAGGAAAACAUCCAUCUCCAGUCGAAAUUGGCCCGGCUGGAGUCGGAAGUGGCCACUAUCAAGAAUAUGAUGAUUUCCAACACCGCUGGCAGCGGAUUUGGUGUCACAGCCGCGGCACAGUGAUACAGGGCGAACCCACCGCCGCUGUGCGACCGCGAAAUCUAGUUCGGCAAUGAACGCCUAUUGUGAUGAGAGCACUAAUCGCUGACGACUAGUGGUGACUGAGACUGGUCCAAAAGUGCAAACAAUGGAAACGAGUGAUGGCAACCUGUCCGUUUUAUGAGCUGACUGGAAGUAUAUGAAAUAUUUAUUGCUAAUUAUUAACAAGAAAGAUAGCAUUUUUGUCAGUUGUUAUUUUUAUAAAAAUUAUCAAGUCCUGGGGAAAAGCAGUGACCGAUAAUGAGCCGGAUCGAGAUAAGGCAAAGCAGUAUGACGAAGUAAAAAUUAGUCCAAGUAUGAUAACCUAGAUUUUAACUGAACUGUUUAAUGCAACAAUAAAAGGACAAACAGUUGAAAGCAAACUUUUAUCUUCAGGGAAGAUCGUAGUACAGCGAAAGUGAUUGGUGAGAAAAUAGCUGUUGCAAAAGUACAGAAAACGAAUGUAAUAGACUCGUAUAGCACGUAAGGCAAACAAGUUUCGGAAUUGUGAUAUAUAUUUUUGUAUGAUACAGCAAAGGAAAGGAUUUACCUUCUGUUUUAUGUAUUUUUAGAAGCAACAGUGAACGUCAAUAGAAGGUAUCUUUUUUUUAAUUUAUUACAUUUUCCUGUAAGUACCACAGUUAAUUAGCGUAUAGAACAAGUGUAAUGAAAAGAGAAAUUUGUGAAAUUUCAAAUAAAUU